AUGUUUCCAAUAAGUGCAUUGUCCUGGAUAAACCUUGUCGGCUAUCUCGUUGUCUUCGUUGCCAUCAAGCGCAUAUAUUACGAAUUGACCACAGGUGCUGCAAGGCGUGCGAUCAUCAAAGAGAAUGGCUGUGAACCCGUCUAUCACUGGCGCCAUCAAGGCAUUCUUGGGAAGCUUUUGGGUCUUGAUCUAAUACAGCAGCAGAUAAAAGAUGAUAAGCUGGGAAGAACAUUCGAAGGAGUCAGGCAAAGAUUGUUUGCAGAGCGAAACACCGUUCAGACAACUAGCAUGGGUAUUGAGCUCAUUCAAACUGCUGAGCCAGAAAUUGUCAAAACGAUGUUGUCGACCAAGUUUCAUGACUUUGAGCUGGCCCAAAGACGCCUUGAUGCAAUUGUGCCAUCUCUGGGUCACGGUAUAUUUGCCUCGAACGGAGCUGCAUGGGAGCGGUCAAGGGCUCUGAUCCGUCCAAGCUUCACAAAGACUCAGGUGGCUGAUCUUGAUACCUUUGAGACACAUAUACAGCAUUUUAUCAGCGCUAUACCUCGGGACGGCUCCACUGUGGACCUCCAGCCAUUGUUUUUCUCAUUGACCAUGGAUUCGGCAACCGAGUUCCUGUUUGGGAGGUCUACUGCUUGCCUGGCACCUGGUUUGAAGACACAAUCGGCGUCUGAAUUUGUCAAAGCAUUUGAGUACUGUACCAAGUCGAUCGGGACGGAGAUACGGACUGCUGGUCUCAGUCGUUGGAUACCUGACAAAAGAUGGCAUAAGAGCAAGAAUAUUGUGCAUGCUUUCGCCGAUUCCAUCAUCCGAGAAGAAACCAUUCGUCUGCAUCCAGCUGACAUGGAGAAGUCAGCCAAACCAGGAACUACAUGUGGCAACGAGCGUUACGUAUUCCUACACGAGCUGAUCAAGCAGACCCAAGAUCCAGAUACUCUUAGAUCUGAAUUGCUCAAUAUUUUACUCGCUGGUAGAGACUCAACUGCAGGUCUCUUGGCAAAUACAUGGCAUACGAUCGCUCGUCGUCCCGAUAUUUGGGCCAAAUUGCGAGCUGAGGUUGAUACACUCAUGGGAGAAGCACCUACAUAUGCACAAAUCAAGGAUAUGAAAUAUCUCAGAUGGGUCUUGAACGAGUGUCUCCGGCUCAUGCCAAUUGUCCCUGCAAAUGGACGAGUUGCGGUCCGUGAUACUGUGAUUCCUGUUGGAGGUGGUGCCGACGGCAAGGCUCCUGCCUUGGUUCCCAAAGGCUCGAUCGUCGUGUACCACUCAUGGACUUUUCACAAGCGGAAAGAUCUCUAUGGGGAGGACGCCGAUGAGUUUAGGCCAGAGCGGUGGGAGAAGCUUAGACAUGGCUGGGAGUACUUGCCUUUCAACGGCGGCCCACGAAUCUGUGUUGGGCAGCAAUUCGCACUCACCGAAGCAAGCUAUGCAACGAUCAGGCUGAUGCAGGCCUUCUCACGUAUUGAGCCUCGUGACGAGCGGGAGUGGUGUGCGUCUAGCUCGUUGACAUUGGCCAGUGGUGUCGGGUGCAAAGUAGCGUUGUUUGAAUCUUGA